UCUCGGGUUCAGUGGUCGUCCGUUUACCGGACGGAGUGUUACACAAUUCAGUCUCGCGCUUUACCUACAUAACCCACAUAUCCUAUUUAAUUGAAUGACUAUUACAGAAUUAUUCGAAUGGAUUUCCUCUCUGAGUUUUACUUCUGUUUGUGAAAUGAAACUGUAUGAAAGUUAAGCUAUGCAAUUUAAAAAAUGUUUUAAGACGCACAAAACCUUUUCAAUGAUUACCACGCCAGACAGAAUCAGCAGACGUUAAAAUGAGUGCUAUACACAUGAGCAGAUGUUGGAACUUAUUUAAGAGGACAUUACCACAACGUCCGUCUUAUAGAAAUUAUGUGAACGAGGCUAUUUUUGAUAUAGAGCGGUGUCCUCUCCAUAAGCUGGAGUGUGGCCCGCCCAGUAGCACUCUCCUGACGAGGACAGAUGCCCUCAACUAUUACAAGGUCAUGCUUGGGAUGAGAGAAAUAGGAUACGAGGCACAAUCGUUAUAUGACGGCCGACACAUACGGGGAUUGCUGCAUCUGUGUGAAGGAAUGGAAGCUGUACGUGUAGGUGUAGAGGCAGCGAUAACUCCGCAGGACAUAUUGGUUGGUACACACCGUAUACACGGCUGGGCGUACGCCCGUGGGAUAUCCGCGGAGAAGAUUCUCGGUGAAUUUCUAGGGAGAUCUUCUGGUUGCUGUAAGGGAAAAGGUGGAGCAAUGCAUAUGUACUCCGAGAACGUGUACGGUGGAAAUGGACUGAUUGGAGCUUCGGUACCCCUUGGUACUGGAGUGGGGUUUGCCAUGAAAUAUAACGAGAAGCCCAAUGUAUCUCUAUCUGUGUAUGGAGAGGGUGCAGCCAACCAAGGCCAGCAUUUCGAGGCUUUCAAUAUGGCGAAGCUUUGGAACCUUCCUUGCAUCUAUUUAUGUGAAAAUAGUUUUUACAGUGUCUCCACCACACCGGAAAUGGUUGCAGCCUGCACAGAAUACUACACCAGAGGAGACUACCUCCCAGGACUGCAAGUGGAUGGGAUGGAUUUUCUAGCAGUGCGAGAAGCCCUAAGGUUUGCCAGAGAGCACGCUCUGAAUAGCGGCCCAAUCCUCAUUGAGGCUAUUUCAUAUCGAUAUAGUGGUCACAGUGUUGGAAACAAAGCUAUUAGUGACAGUGCGAAAGAAGACUUGGAUGUAAUCAGACAAAGAAAUGAUCCUAUAGAAACCUUUAAGAAGAAGAUUCUUGCCAAAAAUUUGACUGACAUAGAUGAAUUAAAGAGUAUAGAGGACGCAGUUAGAGAGGAAGUGAGGGCUGUGACAGAGAAAGUGAAAAUGGACCAAGAACUUCCUCUACUUUCGAUUUAUGAGGACGUCUACCAAAACGUUCAAGUGAUCUGACAAAGUUUCAUUCAUAAGUCUAUUCAGUGAGACUUAUCUAAGCUCUAAGAGUAAAAUGUUUCUGUCCGAUUAAACAGGAUAUCAGAUUGUAAAGAUUUCUCAGAAGACAACACAGCUCGCCGGAAAACAUCACUCCACUUAGCCGAUCCCCUUUAAUUCAAAAGGUUAACGUUUUUAUGUCCCUUUGAUAACUGGUAAAAUUCUAAAAUGAAGGUCACUAGAUCAAAAGUUUUCGAAGCCUAUGAAAAGCCUAUUGUGAAGUAUCUAUUGAAAGGCCUAUCCUCCUUAUUUCAAAAGAUAUGACCAAUGUUAAAGUCAAAGAUAAGUAGGUCAACUUCCAAGGUUACUAGGUCAAAUGUCUUUGUACCAUAUGAACAGCCUCGUCAUGAAACAUCUAUAUGUAGAAUAUCAAAUCCCUAUCCACUUUGGUCAAAAAGAGAAAGCCAAGGAUACAGUUUUUGAAAAGUAGGUCAGAGUCAAAAGUAAAGGUCACUAGGUCAAAAGUAUUGGUACCAAAUGAAAGGCCGGCCACGAGGCAUCUAUAUAUGAUAUAUCAAAGCCUUAUACCCCUUGGUUGUAACGGUAAAGCCAACGCCGGGUCAUGGCAGCUCUCCUGACAUUCGUCCCGGCGAGCUAAAAAGAGAACUGGAAAUGAAACGGAGUAUACGGCAUUUUUCAACACAGGUCUAACAUAAAAAAAAUAAUUUCCAUCCAGACACUUAGGUUUUGUAUUCUGGAGUUUUUCUUUCUUGCGUUUUUUCGUUUAUGGGUGGAUAGAAAUGAAGCAUAUGUAUUCAAUGUGUAAAACGUUGCAAUAUUAUACAAUCUUGAUGUGUAUUCAAAAAUCUUCAUUUAUAUUC